CGCGCGCCUGGACGGAUUCUCUCUGGGAGUGAUCAGCUCCCAUCCUCUGCUUUUACUAACGUGUAGUAUUCCCAGCAAAUAACAACUACAAACUUUUAUCAUUUGCUAUGAAAAGUUGUUUUAAAGAGCAAUUAAUGCGUUCAAAUUUAUUUUAGUUGGUGUCACGCCAAAAUAAAAUACUUUCUCUCGAAAUGACGUUGGCAGUCAUUGGUCUUUUCACCCUGUUUACCAGCAUCAUCGGCACCACGCCUGCAGGUCGAGAGUUUGUAUCUCUGGCAGAACGAGAAGAUGCGCUGCUCAGGGAUUUGUUUCAGGGGUACCAGCGCUGGGUCAGGCCUGUUCUGCAUGCAAACCACACUGUGAAGGUUCGCUUUGGCUUGAAGAUAUCUCAGCUAGUAGAUGUGGAUGAGAAAAACCAGCUCAUGACCACUAAUGUAUGGCUAUGGGAGGAAUGGCUGGAUUAUAAACUGCGUUGGAACCCUGAGAAUUAUGGUGGCAUCACCUCUAUCAGAGUCCCAUCAGAAAGCAUCUGGCUCCCAGACAUUGUUUUAUACGAGAAUGCUGAUGGACGUUUUGAAGGCUCGAUUAUGACCAAAGCCAUUGUGAGGUACAACGGCAUGAUCACUUGGACCCCCCCUGCCAGCUACAAGUCAGCUUGCACCAUGGAUGUGACGUUCUUCCCGUUCGAUCGCCAGAACUGCUCUAUGAAGUUUGGCUCUUGGACAUACGAUGGAAACAUGGUUGAACUAGUGCUCGUCAACCAGCAGGUGGACCGAAGCGACUUCUUUGAUAAUGGCGAAUGGGAGAUUCUCAGUGCAACUGGGGUCAAAGGAAGCCGACGAGACGGCCGCUUCUUUUACCCGUACAUCACAUAUUCGUUCAUCCUGAAACGUCUUCCUCUCUUCUACACACUCUUCCUUAUUUUUCCAUGCUUGGGAUUGUCCUUCCUAACCGUGCUGGUCUUCUACCUUCCCUCCGAUGAAGGGGAAAAAGUCUCUCUCUCCACCUCCGUCCUGGUGUCUCUCACCGUUUUUCUCCUCGUUAUCGAGGAGAUCAUCCCUUCUUCCUCUAAGGUUAUCCCACUGAUUGGGGAGUACCUACUUUUUAUCAUGAUCUUUGUCACUCUGUCCAUCAUCGUGACGGUGUUUGUCAUCAAUGUACACCACCGCUCUUCUGCUACUUACCACCCCAUGUCUCCAUGGGUGCGUACGUUGUUCCUCCAGCGACUGCCACAUUUGCUCUGCAUGAGGGGGAACAACGACCGCUACCACUACCCAGAGCUGGAGCCCCACAGCCCUGACCUGAAGCCCAGGAACAAGAAAGGCCCCGAAGGUGAAGGUCAAGCUCUGAUUAAUUUGCUGGAGCAAGCCACCAACUCGGUUCGCUACAUCUCAAGUCACAUUAAGAAGGAGCAUUUUAUUAGAGAGGUAGUACAGGACUGGAAGUUUGUGGCUCAGGUGCUGGACAGGAUCUUUCUGUGGGCAUUCCUCACUGUAUCUGUGCUUGGCACCAUCCUCAUCUUUACACCUGCAGUGACGAUGUUCCUGAGCACACCCCCACCUCCUUCUCCAUAAGGCGUCCAGAAUUACAGUCAAAUCCAUCACAUUUCAAAAGGGAAUAUUACUGUACUUCCAAUAAUAUUACAGACAGCACACAUUACUAUGUAAAAGUAAUUUGUUCUUUCACUGCGUUAAAUACUUCAAUUUAGGAUUAACAUUAUAAGAUGACCAAAAUGUUAAACAAAUGUAAAAUAUGCAGAGUAGCAUCACCUGUCCUUAGUGAUACAUGUUUACAACUUUAUUUUUUGAGAAACCUGUUGUAGAUAAUUUAGUUAUUCAUUCUUUUUAUUUACAGACAACAUAAAAAACAGUGUAUUAAAAAAAAGAAGAAAAAAGAAAAAGAAAAGAAAAA